CCUCCUCUUUCCUCCUCCCCACUCCGUCCGCCGCCGGACGCCCGCCGCCUCCACCGAGGCGAAGCUCCGUCCCGCCGCCGCCGCCGCCGCCUCACGCCGAAUAAGUAGCCAAGCUUUACAUCGGCAAGAUGGUGCAGUAUAAUUUCAAGAAAAUCACCGUUGUCCCUCCUGGGAAGGACUUCAUCGACAUAAUCUUGUCCCGCACUCAGAGGCAAACACCAACUGUUGUCCACAAGGGCUAUGCUAUCAACCGCAUUCGCCAGUUCUAUAUGCGCAAGGUUCGCUAUACCCAGCAGAACUUCUAUGAAAAGCUGUCCACCAUCAUUGAUGAGUUCCCCAGACUGGAUGACAUCCACCCUUUCUAUGGCGAUCUCCUUCAUGUGCUCUACAACAAGGAUCACUACAAACUUGCCUUGGGUCAGAUCAAUACGGCUAGGAAUAUCAUUGCAAAGAUCUCCAAGGACUAUCUGAGGCUGCUCAAGUAUGGAGACACCCUGUACCGGUGCAAGUGCCUGAAGGUAGCUGCACUAGGUCGCAUGUGUACUGUUCUAAAGCGUAUCAGUCCUAGUUUGGCAUACCUGGAGCAGAUCAGGCAGCACAUGGCCAGGCUUCCAUCAAUUGACCCGAACACCCGUACUAUCUUGAUUUGUGGCUAUCCAAAUGUUGGGAAGAGCUCUUUCAUGAACAAGGUUACAAGGGCUGAUGUGGACGUACAGCCUUAUGCUUUCACAACAAAAUCCCUUUUUGUUGGCCAUGCAGAUUACAAGUAUCUGCGGUACCAAGUGAUUGACACUCCAGGGAUCCUUGAUCGUCCUUUUGAGGACAGGAACAUCAUAGAAAUGUGCAGUAUCACCGCUCUUGCCCACUUGAGGGCUGCUGUGCUGUUCUUCUUGGACAUCUCUGGUUCUUGUGGGUACACUAUUGCUCAGCAAGCUGCACUCUUCCACAGUAUAAAAUCCUUGUUCAUGAAUAAGCCUUUGGUCAUUGUGUGCAACAAGACUGAUUUGCAGCCGCUUGAUGGGCUUUCUGAAGAGGACAUGAAGCUGGUAAUGGAGAUGAAGUCAGAGGCUAUGAAGACUAUACCUCAAGGUGGAGAUCCUAGUGAAGAGGGUGUUUUGUUGACUAUGAGUGCUUUAACAGAUGAGGGUGUGAUGGCUGUUAAAAAUGCUGCAUGUGAGAGGCUUCUUGAGCAGAGGGUGGAGAUCAAGAUGAAGUCAAAGAAGAUCAAUGACUGCUUAAAUAGGUUUCAUGUUGCUAUGCCCAAGCCUCGUGACAACAGAGAUAGGCCUACUUGCAUUCCUCAGGCUGUUCUUGAAGCUCAAGCGAUUGCUGCUGCAAAGGAAAAGAAGAAACUUGAGAGGGACCUUGAGAAUGAGAAUGGAGGUGCUGGUGUCUAUUCCGCCAGUCUCAAAAAGCAUUACUUGUUGGCUGAUGAUGAGUGGAAGGAAGAUAUUCUCCCUGAGAUAUUGGAUGGGCAUAAUGUUGCUGAUUUCCUGGAUCCGGAUAUCUUGGAAAGGUGUGAGGAGCUGGAAAGGGAGGAGGGUCUUCGUCUUGAAGAAGAAGCUGCUCAAGAUGCUUUCAUGAUUGAUGGCCAUGAUGAAUUAACUGAAGAACAGCGUGAGAUAUUGGGUAAGAUUAGGAAGAAGAAGGCUAUGCUCAUCCAAGAGCAUAGGAUGAAGAAGAGCACUGCAGAGAGCCGUCCUAUUGUUCCAAGGAAGCAUGACAAGGAUAGGAAGUUCACAACCAAGAGACUGGGCAGGCAACUCACAUCCAUGGGUGUUGAUCCUACUGCUGCUGUGAACCGACUUCGCAGCCAGUCAAGAGGCCGUAAGCGUGAGAGGUCACUGAGCAGAGCUGAUGGUGAUGAUGCUAUGGAAGUUGAUGGCCAGCACUCUGACAAGAAGCUGCGUAUGAGGUCGAGGUCUAGGUCCAAAUCACGACCAAUUGAAGAGGUUGUACCAGGUGACGGGAUCCGGGAUGUUGCUCAAAAGAAGAAGGCCAUCAAGAAAUCGAGGGACUCUGUCAAGAACAGGAACAAGGAGGCUCGCCGUGGAGAGGCGGAUCGCGUCAUCCCCACCUUGAAACCGAAGCAUCUCUUCUCUGGAAAACGAGGAGUUGGAAAGACCCAGAGGCGAUAAACCAGUCAAUGUGGACGUUGCUGCUUGCAAUCACUCGAUCAGGAACUACAGGAUCACUGCCAUUUUCCGUGCUGGGCAUCGCGGGAGGCUUCAGCACCAACCUGGCAGGAGGAGAUACUAUUUACUGCAUUUUUACUCGUGUCUGGCCUUUGCUCUCUGUUACGACGCUUGGUCCUCCUUUGUUAGACUAUAUAUCGUUGCUGAACUACAUGGUUGUACCUUCGGUUUACUCUGCACUUGUGCGGAGCGGAGUCAAAUUUUGUUUUAUGGUGUUAUUAAUGUAUUUGAACGGGCCGCUUGUUUUCCUUUUCGUGAAAUGUUUUGAUACUGUGAUAUUGCACCA